AUGCCACAGCAGCCCGUCACACCAGACAGCAGCGAGUACAAGACUCGCCUCAGGAAAUCUUCUUCUGUGUGGUCAGAUACAAGUCUGGAGACAAACAGCGACAUUUUAUAUUCCACCCACCUUGAUGCCGACAUCGAGAGAAGCUCUAAGUGGAUCAUAUAUCUCAAGGCAGCAAUUAGGUCUCACCGAAGAUUGGCAUGGGACUUUUUAUGCUCUGGCUUCUUCGGUUCUGCGUUCCUGCUUAGCUUCUUUCUGCAUAGCCAGCAGGACCGACUCCAAGCACUCGCAAGGACUCCAGGUACCAAAAAUCUACAAUUCAUCAACGCCAGCCAUCCCUAUUUCAGAUUUGUAGGUCGAUGGACGCCGGUUGUAAACGGCACUGGGAAAGAUGGGUGCUUCCCGGGUGUCUAUUUCGACUUUGAAUUCAAUGGAAGUUCCAACUUGUUCUUGUCGCUUGGGAACGCCGAAGAACGAGAACAAGGACAGCAGGCGCCUCUCGCGCCAAAAUCGACAGCAAGACGAAGCGACUUGCUUGGGAGCAAAGUGUCGUCUGUACCACCUAUCUCUCUCCUUGUUAAGGUCGAUGAUGAUGAUUACCUCGUCUUCCGAGAUGCAGCUUCAUUUGUUUCAGUACGCAACAGAAACUUGAAUCCGCUCGAAAAACAUGCUAUACGAGUCAUUGCGCCUAUGGUACAGGAUGGCAGGGUGGAAACAUUACAGAUUGAGGGCAUUUAUCUGGAUAAAGAUGCUCACUUGAUCGCCCCAUCUUCCUUGGGCGACGUACUUGACAGCCAAGCCGAGUCAUUGUCAUCAAGUGGUCAGAAUAAGUACUCAAGUAACAGGAAGAUGAUCGAGAUCAUUACGGACCUACCAAAAUUUGCAGGAAGCAAAGGUCGAGAUAAUCAAGACCAGCCGGCGCACAACAUACUGAAAGGUAUUAGGGGCUGGGACUAUCUUCUCGGGGAAAUGUUCGACGCGGAUCAUGCAUCGGUAGGCAUGGGGGGAAUGUGCUUAGUUCCCAACUGCAUAGGCGGAAAGGGGGAUCCAGCAACAAUUGCGGAGUUAUUCUUUCGGAGUGGCCCCGUUGGCUCGGAGCACUAUACGGAUACAUGGGAGUUCCAAAAUUACAUCCCUGAUGUACUGAACCUAGGGAAUGCUGAUUGGCAAUCAUUUUCGACCCAGGCGUAUGAGAAGUCCAUAUGGGAGUUGUCUGAGACCUUUGAGGAUGCAUAUGUUUCGCUGAUCAGAGCUAUUCGAUCUAUCGCAUAUCCAAAAUAUCCUACGGCAGUCAUCGAUUUUUCUCCAAACUCGAAGCUGGUUUCGCGAGCAGCUUCCGACGUGCCCAUAUUCGUGAUGCGACCUUUAAGGGGGCAACUCGAGGGUGCGACUCAUGCAGUCGUCGAUCGUUUGCGAAGUGAUGGAGACAAUGCGGUUUUCUGGCUGGACACAUCUGGAUGGCUGGAUACUGAGGUCGAUUUUGAUGGCAAUGUAGCCUCCCAAGAUUUCGUACUGGACGAGAGUAGCAAGUCUAGAGAAUGGCGCUUGACUGAGCGAGGACAUCAACGAGUAGCCAUCCUGCUUCAUCUCCACGUUUGUCGAUAUCUCGCCAAAGACCCCGAGAAAUGCGCUUUUCUGCCUCCAGAGAUAUACCAAGCUACGGCGCAAGACCCUAAGGUGGAGAGAUUUGACGAAUAUAUCGAGAAUGAAAGAGAACGGAGAUUGAAGACUCUUUUUUGGACUUCGCGAUAG